GUUAAAUUCGGCUUCCUGUUUGAAGACAUUUGUUGAUUUGAAGUAUAUAAAUAAAUAAAUAAUAACGUAAAAUAAAAUUAUUUCCUUUAAAUCAUAAAAAUAAAUCUAUGAUGGGUUCGUCUACCGUUCCUAGUGUUUUAAGUACAAAAGUGAAAGAAAUGAUACCGUCUGCUAAAGUUUUAGUUGUAGGCGCCGGUGGAAUUGGAUGUGAAAUCUUAAAAAACUUAGCUUUGUCAGGUUUUAGUGAUAUAGAAAUUAUUGACCUAGACACGAUAGAUGUAAGCAACCUAAAUAGACAAUUUUUAUUUCGAAAAGAACAUGUUGGAAAGUCGAAAGCCGAAGUUGCUCGAGAAAGUAUAUUAAAUUUUAAUCCUUCACUGAAAAUAAAAGCUUACCAUGACAGUAUUACAACGCAACAAUAUGGGGUCAACUUUUUCAAGAGAUUCAAAGUUGUACUGAAUGCAUUAGAUAACAGAGCAGCAAGAAAUCAUGUUAAUAGAAUGUGUUUGGCAGCAGAUGUACCACUAAUAGAAAGUGGAACUUCAGGUUAUUCAGGACAAGUUGAGAUUAUUAAGAAAGGUAUAACUCAGUGUUAUGAAUGCCAGCCUAAACCUCCUCAAAGGACAUUUCCUGGAUGUACAAUUAGAAAUACACCCUCUGAGCCUGUUCAUUGCAUUGUUUGGGCGAAGCAUCUUUUUAAUCAAUUAUUUGGAGAAGCUGAUGCAGAAAAUGACGUAUCACCUGAUACUGCUGAUCCAGAAGCAGCUGCAGAUGCAGGCAAUGCUGCACUAGAAAAACAGGCACAAGAAGAUGGCAACAUUCAACGAGUAUCUACUCGUCAGUGGGCACAAGAUUGUGAUUAUGAACCUGCCAAACUGUUUAACAAAUUUUUUCAAGAUGAUAUCACUUAUUUAUUAAGUAUGGAAAAUCUUUGGAAAAGUAGAAAGCCACCCAAGCCUUUGUCAUGGUCUGAAGCUGCUUCUCAUGAAGGGGAUGUAAAUGAAGAGGAUAAUGUUACAGCUACUGACAUGAAGGUGUGGUCCAUUAAUAGAUGUGCUCGUGUGUUUAGUGAAACUGUGGCAAAUUUAAAAGCUGAACUUAAGGGAAAUAAGUUUUUGGUUUGGGAUAAAGAUGACCAAGAUGCUAUGGAUUUUGUGACUGCUUGUGCCAAUAUAAGGGCACAUAUUUUCUCAAUUCCUCAGAAAUCACGAUUCGACAUUAAAUCAAUUGCUGGUAAUAUCAUUCCUGCAAUAGCGACAGCAAAUUCUAUUAUAGCAGGCAUUGUUGUCUUAUAUGCAUUUAGAGUAUUGGCUGAAGAAUAUGAUCAAUGCAAAGCAAUUUAUUUACGUCAAAAAACGUCAGGAUUUAAGGGAAUAUUGGUCCCAGAUAAUCACCUUGUAAAAGCUAAUCCCAAGUGUUACGUCUGUUCUGAACAACCAUCAGUAAAUGUGUUUGUUGAUGUUAAUGGAAUGACCGUUAAAGAAUUUGAAACAGAAAUUUUGAAGAAAAGUUUAAACAUGGUUGCCCCAGAUGCCCUUUUAGAAGGUAAAAUGGUAAUGGUCAUAUCAUCUGAAGAAGGAGAAACAGAGUCUAAUGACAAUAAAAAGCUUUCUGAACUUGGAAUAAUGGACGGAAGUGUACUCAAAGUUGACGAUUUUCUUCAAAAUUAUGAACUAACAGUAAUUGUAAACCAGUACAAAGCAGAAAACAAGGAGGACCCACCCUAUAAAAUUGUGGCUGAUCCAAAUGAUCUUAAAGCAAAAGCUGAAGAAAACCAAAAUGGCAAAGAAAAAGAUUCAAACAAUAAAAUGGAGACUGAUGACUCAAAUGAUGAUGUUGAAUUAAUUGAAAAUAAUGGUGUGGUGGAUGACCCGCAAGAAGGAACGUCAUCAAAACGAAGAAAAUUAAAUCUACCUGAUGAUGACGAUGAUGAUCUUAUCAUGUUAGAUUAGAGAAUAAAUGGUGUAUUUUGUGUAUCCUGUUGUCUUUACUUGUCACAUUUCAAACAUGUAAUGUUUUAUAUUUCAUUAAAAUAAU